AUGACUAGAGACUAUCGAGGAGCGACCGUUGAAGACCUCGAUCGGCCGCCGGCCUUGUCGAUUACGCCCGAUAUGCUACUGCAAGAAGCAUUAGAGAUGUCUUUCGAGCACUCGUUCUCCUUCCUGCCCGUGCUUAAUAGCCACAGACGGCUGCUGGGAUACCUGACGGCCGAGCAGUUGGAAAAGGACGGCGCAGCCAAGGGCAACGACAAAGUUGCGAACCAUUAUUUUAGAUUCACAGGCAAGGCCCCCUAUGAGCCCAUUACACCUAAUACGCCAUUGGAGGAUCUCGAGAAGUUCUUUGCCAAAGGCAACGCCUUUGCGGUUAUCACUGACGACGACCGUCGGUUUGUUAUGGCGGUUGCUACGCCAGAAGAUCUGGAAAAGUACAUCAAGGCACGUCCUGAGCUUUCUUAA